AUACUGGUACAAUUGUGAUUUGCUCAUAUCACUUCAGAACAAAUUGAGUCGGAAGCCAUUAGACAACAAAGAACAACGAUUGUGCACAAAACAAAAUCGAACACCGAACACAAUGGCGACAGUGAUUCGGAUCAAGCGACGGGUAGACGAGGAGCCACUGGAUGCUCUCGUGCUCAAUUGUAAGAAACGUAGAGUUGAUCUUGACACGGACUCUCUGGAGCUUCAAUUUGCCGGAACAAUCGAAGAGGCCGAUAAUAUUCCCACACAUUUGCAACAAAGUUUGACGCCGGAAAAAUCUGGAGAAGCAGUAUACCGCGAUCAUCUACUUUUGACGUUGAUGUGUAAUGAACUAUGGUCACUAGUGUCAUCACACAAUCCAUUAAGAGUCGUGAACUGCACCCGAUCACUACCCCAGCGCCGCAGAGCAUUUGGAGGAACCACCAUAGUUGAUAUGGAACGUGCAUCUCUCGAUUCGCCUGGUCUUGCUGAGCCCAUAGCUUCGACCAGCAAGCUAGAACCUAUGGAAAACAAGAUACAAUCUUUUCGGGAGAAGAACCAAUACGUAUACGAUUUGUACAUAUCGAAGGAUCUUCGACGGGCUGCUCAGUACCAUGCUCUACCGCGGCGUAUACAGAAUCACAGCGUCGGAAUUCAUGCUGAUACGCUGUUUAACACCCAUCGGAAAAAGGAUGAAUUCGAUGAUAUCGAUGCAUUCGAUGAUAUCGAUGAAUCCGAUUAUAUCAGUAAAUCAGAUGAUUCCACAACCGACGACGAAGAUUCAGAGGAUCCUAAUGAUGGGGACGAUUGGUACGAUAAUCGUGUGAUGAAUGACAGCUGUAUGGACGAAAUGUUACGCGAUUUCAAGCGAUUGCAUCGAUGAUAGAUUGAUGUUGAGAGCAACGCGACUACCUACACAAAACAAUAGGGCACAACUUCUGAAAAGUAGACACGAUAAAAAAAUCACAUGACAAAUUGUUUCAAAAAGAAAGUAGAAGAGGCAGAUGAAUGUGAGUAUUCAAAAUUACAUUCCAAUGAUUGAACGCUAUAGAAUAACUAUAUAGAAAUACAUAACAUAUGUACUGUUUGUUUGGUAAGCGACCAAGAUUGAACCUCAAUCAAUCAACCUCAACAAUAUACAAAAUUAUGUAUAAAUAGUGAUUUGUACAAGUUUUUUUUUAAAAUUAAAUAAAAAAA